AUGGAUGACAUGGUAAAAGAAUACCUUCCGGAGGCUUUCCUAUUUAUUUACGUUAUCAAUAGUUCAAACGCCGGUGGAAUACAACAAGACAGGGUAAGAGACGUAAUAAUAAAUAGAUUUAGCCUAGCCUAAAGCGGAGCUCUUGUAAGUUUAUUUUUCAAAACUGUAGUAAAACUCUUCCGCACUGGCUGUAGAAGACUUUCUUCAAGGGGAUUAAGAGACCAGUUCGGGGGAUAGGGAGGGGGAAAAAUUGACGAGGUCUGGAACCUAGGGACGAUGUUCUCACAACUUGCAAAGCGAUCAACACGCAUGCUAGUCAGCGGUAUCUUUAAGUAGCUGAGGACCUUCGUUUUUGUUCCUGAUGUUUUGAGCAAAUUUUCGAAGAUAGGAAAUGUUUUCUUCUUCAGAUGAAGUGUAUGAUGUCAGCAUUAGUCAAAGUUAUAUUGUAUUGAGCGUGAAAGAUGAUUUCGGUUUGAGAAAAUGAGCCAAAAGUGAAAGAAAUGACAGUAAACUACUUCGCGUUUAAAGACAUCAUCGUUCGUUUGAAGAGUAUACGCGUGAGAACAUCGAGUCAGUCAUACAACCACCAGAAUCGUAUGGCUUCUCUUAUAUCUUCUCUUAAAGUCACCAGGUAUGAUUACUUGCCCCACAGUUUUUCCCUAACGUUACAACCUCCUCUGUUUAGCAUAGGAAAUUAAAAAGGAAAGUAAUUUUCCAAUCGUGUUUGAACCUGCAAGUUUUUUUUAAUUUAAAUUUUUUCUCUCAUUCUCGUUUCAUGAUUGUCCUCUGGCUGGAAAUACACGGCGUCUUUUUGAGAAUUUUUUUGUUAUUCAAUUCGGCAGCCUCUGCAUAUGACAAAUGUCUUAAUCUUAGCAACUCUAACUAAUGAAAUGCGAAAUUUGAAUUACCACAAGUAGACAACCCUUUGGGUCGCGUGACGUCAGAUAUUUAAUACGCUGGUUCAACUCUGACAAUUUUUUUGUAAUUUGCAACGGUCGAUUCCCGCAAGAAGUAAGUGAUCCCGAGAAAAGUUUCAUAAAUACAGCAAAUCAUAAUAUUUCAUCCCCAAAAUCCGCUUAAUGAUCCUCUCGAUCGGCAUUUUUCUCAGCCACAUUUUACGAUCUAAGAUUAUUGCACCCUGGAACAUGUGUCAAUACCAAAACUCCCCGUGCAUUUCGCUGGAAACAAACGUUUUCUACCUGAAUUUCCAAGUUCAAUUCUUUCUGGCUAUGUGGAAGAAACUUGGGUACAAAGUCAAUUUUCUCUCUGUCGCGAGUAGUCGGUCAAGAUACAAUACUUACCCCAUCUCCACAGAGACACCUCGCCUUAAUCUAUUGUCCUGAUCAACCGAUAAGACAACGAAGUGAAACUUACACAGAUAAACAACGGACAAAAUUUGAAUACUCUGCGGAGUUUGCUGUGAGCACUUAAGCUUGGAUUAUUUUCGCUAAAAUGCUAUCGAAGAAGAAGAGAUGCAGUGAAAUUGACCACGAAGCGAAUCAUAGAAAAGCUAAGAGUGGCAAAGUUUAAAGAUAAAUGAUUUAAGAUUUCAUUUUGGGAACUUUGGGGAUGGAGUAUUUCUUUUAAAAUCAUGGUGAAAAGCUUAUAUUAAAAGAGAACAAAUUUUCAAGUACGAACCUAAGAUCAAUAUUAAGGUAUCGUAGCUUUUCGCAAGUUUGACGUAGGAAUCCGGAACCUGAUCAAGACAAUAGAUUAAGUCGAGGUGCCGAUCAGGAUUUUUGGUGUGCAAACCACCUGCGCGUUGACAACGGUCAAAUCCGGAGUGUGCAGCCUUGACUUCGUCUUUUGACAUGAAUAACAGUGAUGGUAAAGCAAGCUUAAAACGGCAUAAAUCGCCGAAACUUCAACGGACACACAGGAUUUGAGUAAGUUUUAUUGAUUUUACAUGCAAAAUGUUCAUAAAGGUACCAGAUCGCUGAUUUUGACCCCUUAAAGGUACGACAAGCUUCCUCACCCAUUUCCAAUCGCCUUCUUCCCACUGGUCAGCACUUAGAGACAAAGAUUUGCCCCCCAUUAAAAAAAAAGUGAUUUGCCCAGUCACCCCCGACCUUUUACAUAUCUCCGAAAUGAGUUUCGGUCCGGAACGAAAUGAAUUUCAUACCGUGUUUACAUGCAAGAUAAUUAAGCCUGUAAAAACAAGUACUUAUGUUCUUCUCUAUCUUUUUUUAUGCUUCCUUCGCUCCUAAAGAGGAUUCAUACAAAUAGAAUGGGUGUAUCGUUUUGGAAUGAAAACCCCGAUAAGCUCAUUCAGAAAUGACUAACUUCAAAUAAAUCUUACUCUGGUACCAUGUGGCAACCGGUAUGAACUCGUUCUUGAACAACACUUAUUCCGAUAUCAUGUAAAGGCCCCUAAAAAAUUAUUUUUCCCAGAGCAUCAUGCUUUGCUCUCCUGUCUGAGUACGAUAGAGUUCAAUAGCGUUGAAGCAACAACCCGCUUUUAACUGCUUCGCUGUCACAGAAACAACGAUUAGUGACCACAAAAAGCACAUAUUCUAAUAUUUUCUAUUCAACAUAAAAAAUCUUUCUACAGGGUAAAUUUUAAUUUUUGUCGGUAUCAAAUAUUGCGUGACUAACUAAUGACAUAAAUGGGGGAGGGGAAACACAACCCAAAACCUGAGCUCGUGUCAAAAAGUAACACCCAGGCGUAAUAUAAUAAUCGAAACAGCUUAUAGAAUCAUAAAUAAACAAGAUAGGAUUGUUAUGUUAGAUUUUGUUUUCAGUUAUUUAUGCCAGUAAACGGUAGGCACACCAUGUAUAUUUCAUAGUCACUAGCAAGUCUUUUUUGGCUUUGCAUCUCCUAAAACAACAACAAACAUCGAGGCUGCACGAAACAACGUGCGCCUUGAGCGACCUGGCAUAUGCUCGGCUAAACCCCAUUCUGACCCAAUAUUAGCAAAGUCGCGUAUUGUGCGUGAUGUAUCCCUACAAGAGCGCGGUUCCUUUGUGACUAAGAUAGGAUUUAUUUCGAGGGUUCAAACGAUAUUGCAAGUAUAAAUAAAGAAGUAAAGUCAGUAAAUGGCUGUUUAGAAGCAAAACAUGCUAACAUUGCCACGAUUAUUAACGAUAACUUAAAAUGUUUUCCUUUGCUAUUGUUCGUGCUAGAAGCGGUUAAUAGUCGUACAAAGGUCAAACCUAAGCAACUUGUAUAAUUUUUUCCUCUCGUGGUAAGAAGUUGCCCAUUUUUUUACUUCUCCUGUCGAACCUGCUAUAAGAGCUCUACAUCCAAGUUAAAUAGUUCACUGUCAAUCGACAUAACAUGGGAGAUAUUGACCUUUCAAUUUACAGCAAAUUUAUUUCUCAAAAGUAUUCCGGAAGUACACUACAACUUUCCGCUCGCUCAUGACCAAAACUUUUUAUUUCAGCGAAGUAUUCCAUAUAGAACAUGAGUAGAAGGAUAGCUCUUUGAGGCAGUAUUAAUGGUUUUUUGUAAAAUAUUAUGGUAAGCUGGAAGGAAGUACCCCUUUAGAAACAGAAUCCAUCUAGCCAGUGAAAUUCUUGAGAAAAAUAUCAAUCAAUUUUCAAUCGAAUAAAGUCGGUUGCUUAGUUUAUUCAAAGAAACUAUGUGGUUUGCUUGCGUCGGUGGGAAGUUGACCUGUUGUCGCAGUGUCGAAUAACCGGGAGAUGCGAAACGUUUAUCGUAGCCACCGUUAAGGGUCCCAAACCGACGAAAAGACGCUCGAAACGUCAGUUUUUUUUAUCUUUACGGUGGUUUCCUUUUUAGUGAAUAGAUUUUCAACCCAGUUGUUAACAAAGCAAAUUCACCAUUAUAAUUUUGUCAAUUUGCUUUCAUUACUCGCAAAACACUGUUUUUAACGUUAUUUCUAACAGCUCUAAAACCUCUGUAUCCCCGCUUUCAAAGAAAAGCAUUUCCCAUGAAAAUUUAAACAUUAAAGACAUAUUAAGCUUCCAGCAACAGGUUUUUCCAUUGUAAUUGUUUCUUAACAUGCAGAUUCUCAUCACAUUUUUUUUAAAUUUGAAAGCAUAAGAAUACUUUAAUCAUUACAUGCAGUGUAAUAAAAUCCCCCGUUUUAAUCCUUGAAGUCCUACCAGUGACCAAGACAAAAUUUCUCUUAGCUUACACAUCAGUACGAUAUCAAGCAGACAAGUAAUGAGAAUAAAGAAAAAUAUCAAUUAAGGGAUUGUUGGUUGAUCCAAUUCAAAAUUCUCCAAACUAACAUCACGUGAAUUCAAAGGCAGACAAUACAGAGAAUUAUUAAUGAGAUCUUGGGAGUUAAAGGGUUAAAGAAAUGGGUAUUACAUCCUUCCAAAGAUGAAAAGGGAGUGCCAGUUAUAAAUUUUAAAAUAGUAGAUGCCAGAAACUUAAAGAGGAAUUUAAAAAAAAUUUUAAAAUAUGGCAUAUCUAUUCACUGAGAUUUUAAUGAUUAGCUGGCACAGUGAUAUAGAAGAGGCUUUGUGAAAAAAACCAGGGCAAAAAAUUAAAGAUUCAGAGGAAGUAUAUGACAUCAACUAGUUUAUUGAUGUUCUCACCUGAAUUCAGUCUGGAAAAAGAGCUCUGCAACACUUCUUUUUUAACUUCUCAUACAUAAAAUUUGAUUAUUUGCAAGCAGGUUUGGGAGGAAAUUAAAGAAUAGAUAUAUGUUACAUAAAAAGAAACCCCUUACAACAAAAUAAAGCAGAAGCAUAUUACCCACAUAUGUAAACCUGGUGCAAUAUAUAGCAAUAUUAUUCUAACCUUCCUCCUUGAAAGGUGCCUUGCGUAUCAAAUAUAUCAAGUUUAGUACCACCAGACUCAUAAGCCGGGCUUUUGGGGCCACAAAAUAAUAAAAUAAUCAACAAGUUACGCCAGGCCAAUUUAUUGAGAGUCAGUCAUGUACAGUGUCCUGUAUGUGCCUCAUUUGUUGCUUUGGUUUUAACGUUCCUAAUUUAAUGUUCCUUAUUACUGAUGAAAUUCCAAGGGUGUGACUCAAUUAAUUCAAAAAAAAUAUCCAUCCAGGUUACAGAAAUGGUUCGCGAAUUGUAAACAGACAAUGUGUUAACAAAACUUCCCGAAAUUAUAGUGCCGAUACGAAUUUAUCGUUCGUAAUCACCUAUGAAAUUCCAAGAUUAUCACUCAAUCAAUUCAACAGAAAAUAUCCAAGAAGGUUACAGAAAUCGAAAAGUGUAAACAACAAUUAUUUACGCUAAACAUGUACUUACCAGCGUGCUUGUGAGCUCAAAUUGCCAGGAACCCGAUCACUGAGCUCGGACGCUUCCUGCAAAAUGUGAUGACCAUCAAUUUCAGAGAUUGGUUCAUUAGUUUCCAGUAUAAAGAAAAGAACUAUCGUAUCGCAAGCAUGUUCAUCACAACCCGAGCAUCAGUAAGUCCGCCUCGCAAUGUAGAGCGAAGAGAAAGUGGCUCCAUGUUUUGUGAGGCAAUUGAGACCAUUUCCUGAAGUUCAAACGAAUCGAGUAGAAAGCAUGAAAACAUAGCGCUGAAAAGUACCGUAACCAAAUAAUGGAAUUCACUUAUCCCGCAGUAAGACUAACUCCAUUUUACCUGUGAGUUUGUUUGUACCACACAUUUGCGGCCCGAUGUUUGAGGGGUUCUCACCUGACAAUAUUGUCAAAAUCAAAUUACCGCGUCAGACUUAAUGUAAACAUGAAAAUCGCUGAUUCAAUCUCAUUUGAUUUCAAUUUUGGGAAAGUUCAUCACUUCGUCCUAAGGGUAAAACAACACAUCUUCGACAAAGCGCGAUUUUUUGAAAUGAAUAGAGUAGAUCCUGCUACGGUUGACUCAAGAGAAAAAGAGGUAGAAACUUUCUCAUGCCGUUCGCUGUCAUUUGAAAACUUUCUAGGCAAAACAAAAUCCGUAAGAUGUAUUAUUUUCCCUUGACACCAAGACUGUAAUAAACGUUCCAAACGAUAGGACAAGAAAUAACUUAAAGAAUAUAAACAGUUUGAAAUGUUAUUCGAGCGAUGAACCGGCGCGAGGGUUUUUAAGCGAUGAAUGUUAAAGUCAUUGUUUUACCAAAAUGUGCUUUGAAUUAUAUCUAAAACGACGAUUUUUAAGAAAAGGUUUUUCUGGGCCUUAGCGUAAGAGAAAACCCAGAUAAGACACGACUUAUCCUCUCUUCUUUCAUAGAUCCUUUGUGGUUCGCUUCUCUUUGUUGAUGACCGCUUUUCAGUCUGUUUUCUGGAGCGUCUUUGUUUUUCCCUCUCGCGUUGUUCUCCGCUAAAUAUUCGACUUUUUACUUAUGCCUUUUCUUGUUCUCUUUCGCGUUCCUCUCGCCUUACUCUUCCUAUUUUGGCGUCCUCUCCGACCUUCUUGUGCGUGGAGGAUAUCAAUUGAUAUAUAACCGAACCAUCAUGGUGAUAAUUUUGAUAGAUUUCCAUUCUUCUGUUGACAAUACUCCACUGAAGAUUUUUUGUUUAAGAGAGUCACGCAGAGAGGACCUACGAAGGCGUUCUCUUUUCCUUUUUUCUCAAGAAAUUCUUCUAUUUUACUUUUUUUUCUAGCUGGAAAAGCUAAUCGAGCACGCCAGACAGGUGUCUCUUGAACACUUCAGAGAAACUUCAUCAGCUUGUGCUCUGUUCGUUUGUAACAAGUGGGACCAAGUGCCAUCAGAAGAAACUGAUGAGGUUAAGGAUCACAUCGUCAGAAAACUUAAACGCUGCUGGCCUAACGUAGACCCUGAAUCUCAGAUCAUUUACAUGUCCUCCACCACUGCCAGAGAAGCCCAAACUCUUGGAAUAAUCUCAGAGGAGUUCGCUGCAUUGAUGAAUGGAAUCAAGUCCAUGGUCUUGAAAAGCGUCAAAGAAAGACUGUUCGUCCAAUGGAGGUAAGUGUUCUUGAGUCCUUACGAGACACAAUAAAAAGCGCAAGUGUCAUUUUCAACUCUCUUGGCACGUCCUAAAUGCAGUGUACUGAUUAAUAAGUAAAACUAACUAACUACCAUUACCUAGGUGGAGGUGGCAGAUGGUGGAUGUUUUCCAAGCCGCGAUAAGUGAACAUAAGACAGUAUGGCACAACAAGAUGAUUUUAACUCGUUUAUUCUUGGAACGAUUUCAAUAUUUUCGGGAGUGCGAGACUCCUGAGUAGCUCGGAGGUGAAUAGCAAAGUAUAUUCCGAGUUUGGGUAGUCGAUCAAAGGGUUCCUUCAAAGCUACAUCCAUUUUUUUAGUAAAUAAUAAAGUGAAAUAAUCUACAUUAUAUUUUUAGGUGGCUUUAUCACCUUCUUUCACGCAUGGUGUUUCACACGAAAGCGUUUAUUAAUAAUUCGUCCAAAGAUCGUCAGGAAGUCUUCGACAGAAUGAUUUUCAUGAAUGAACGCCUCCGUGGCAUUGAGGAGAAGGAGAAUUCAGUUGGUAGGGAGCUACAGGAGUACCUCGAAAACCAAACAGAAAGCGCUGUCACCUCACUGUCCAAGUACCUCACGUCUUCAGAUGUUGUGCAAAAAUUCACUUCGUGGACGUUGGACGAUACUCCACGGGCGAUGGGGAAAUGGGAAGUGACCAAAAUUUACAUCCAAGAAGCAUUAACGAAGCGACUUCAAGAAUUUAUUGCAGAAUGAGAGGAACGUGA